AUGACUUCAAAUUCUCGCAAAGUUCGUCCCAAACCAUCCGGUGAUGAUUCAGGUGACAACACUUCAAUUACCGGUCAGCACUCAUCAUUAAUAGUUGAUAAUGUUGAUAUGAUAGCACAAAUUCUAGUUCGUUUACCAGUUAAAUACUUGCUUAGAUCCAAAUCAGUCUCAAAAACAUGGUUAUCUGUUGUCACUGCUCCAAGUUUUGUUCGUAACUAUUCGGUUCGUAAUCGUCGUUCAGUAUCAGGAUUAUUUUUGAAACAAUAUUCCGAUGUGUUUGAAGGAAAAUAUGAGUUUAUCCCUCUGGAUAAACAAAAUGGCACCAGGCGAAUUGAAAAGGGAAAGGGCAGGAAGGGGACCAGGAAUAAUAAUAAUAAUACUGAUGUCAUCUCAUUCAAAACCCUAAAUUUCUUGAAUGUUCAUGGACGUAUUAAGAUUGAACAAUCUUGCAAUGGUUUAUUAUGUUGUAGUCACUCUGUAAAAAAUAGUCGUCAUAAACCCGAAGUAGCUGCUUAUUACAUUUAUAAUCCAUCCACAAAGAGUUAUAAAAUCGUACCUGAAUCUCCAUUCCGACAAGAUGGUUGUGGUUCUGUUCAUAGUAUGAGUUUAGCUUUUGAUCCAUUGAAAUCUCCAUAUUAUGAAGUUAUCUGUUUUUUGUCAGACAACAAAGAGAAAGAUCAGAUGGAGAUAUACUCUUCGAAAACAUCUUCAUGGAGGCUUUGUAAAGCUCCUUUUGAAACAAAACGUAAUGAAUUUGGUUUUUCAAAUUUUGGUAUGUACAAGUCUGGUGUCUUCUGGAAUGGUUCACGUCAUUGGGAGUCAGUUUACUUCGAUAUAGAUCAAGAAUUAUUAAAGGAAAUGCCGGAGUUACCUAAUGCUGCUGAUUAUAAUGACACUGAUAAAGACGAGGAUGAGGAUGACAGCUACACUGAUGACAACGAUGAGGACAGUCACGGUGAUAGUGAUGAUGAUGACACUGAGGAUAGUAUGUCUGUCAGUUGA